CAACGAGGCGCCAACUGAAUGAGCACGUAGAAGUAGAACCUUCCGUGCGCCCCACUCGUCUCCCACUCCCCUCGCCCCUCGUGUUUCAAGCCCCGCGCCGCCAGUGGAGCCGGACCCGACCUCUCCCCGUCCACUUCGGCCAAAACCCACCGGCAAAAACUCGCAAAACCACCACCACUCCUGCCACAAAUCUCGCGCAUUCUCCCCAGCCGCCGCGCGUUCACUCGCUUCGCUUCGCUCCGCUCGGCCGGCGGCGAUGGGGGACGACUCGGACGGGGAGGCGGAGGAGUACCUGUUCAAGGUGGUGAUCAUCGGGGACAGCGCCGUGGGCAAGAGCAACCUGCUCUCCCGCUACGCCCGCAACGAGUUCAACCCGCACUCCAAGGCCACCAUCGGGGUCGAGUUCCAGACGCAGACCAUGGAGAUCGACAGCAAGGAGGUCAAGGCCCAGAUCUGGGACACCGCGGGCCAGGAGCGCUUCCGCGCCGUCACCUCCGCCUACUACCGCGGCGCGUUCGGGGCGCUCCUCGUCUACGACGUCUCCCGACGGUCCACUUUCGACAACGUCGGCCGCUGGCUCCAGGAGCUCAACACUCAUUCUGACACUACGGUGGCCAAGAUGUUAGUUGGCAACAAAUGUGACCUGGAGAACAUCCGCGAGGUGCCGGUGGAGGAAGGCAAGGCCCUGGCGGAAUCCGAGGGGCUCUUCUUCAUGGAGACGUCGGCGCUGGACUCGACGAACGUGAACACGGCGUUCGAGCUGGUGAUCAAGGAGAUCUACAGCAGCGUGAGCAGGAAGAUCCUCAACUCCGACUCGUACAAGGCCGAGCUGACCCUCAACAGGGUGAGCAUCCACAACGACGGCUCCAAGGACGGGCAGAAGCAGGGGAGCCGGUUUGGGUGUUGCUAGGAAGUCUUGUUACAGGAUUGUUGAUUGCUAUUGCCAUUAUUGGGUUUUACUGAGAUGUCAUGGUUUUUUGGUCAUCGGUGUUGUCUGUGUGAGCCCUGUCUGUAGCCCGAAAGCUGGAUGGGAUUUUUGUCGUGUGUUACGCUUCUGAGUUGCAUACAGACUUUACAGGGUUGGGGAGGAGGAGGUGGAAUGGGAAGGACUAAGGAGGAUAGCUGUGUUGCUGUAAGAUUGGAGACGAACUGUUCUCCAGAUGUUAAUUGGAAAAGAAACGAAAUUUGUGGCUAA